AUGGCUUUAUCUAAAAUUGUGAUUUCAGUUUUCUUAACAUCUUUAUUAAGUACCGUUUUGGGACAAGAUCCUAAAAAUGGUUAUUUGCCACCAUCAAAACCAGCAUCACAUACACCACCAUCUGGUCAUGAUCAUACAGGAUCUGGUUAUCCAUCAUAUGCUCCAACUGGUGCUGGAUCAUCACAUAGCGGUGUAGGAUUAUCACAUUUGGGUGGAGGUGGAAGUGGUAGCGGUAGUGGUGGAACCGGAUCUGGUUCUAGUUCACAUCAUGAUUUUGGUUCACAUGCAAGUAGUUCUAGUGAUGUUGGUGUUGCUGCUGUAACAAGUGAUGAUCAAAGUGCUGUUAUAUUAAAAAAUAUCAAUUUUAUUGAUGUUGAUGGUAGUUAUAAUUUCGAAUAUGAAACAAGUAAUGGUAUUAGAGCACAAGAACAAGGACAUAGUAAAGAUUUAGGUAAUGGUGAAACAGCUGAAAUAGCUGAUGGUGGUUUCUCAUAUACAGCACCAGAUGGUCAAAUAAUUAAAUUACAAUAUGUUGCUGAUGAAACUGGUUUUCAUCCAGUAGGUGAUCAUUUACCAACACCACCACCAAUACCAGAAGCUAUACAAAGAGCAUUAGAAUAUAUUAAAGCACAUGGUGGCGGAGAAGAUCAACAAUAUAGAUAA